AUGGCCAAACUCGGUGUCGUCGUCUUUCUCCUGGCACUCAUCGCCAUGUAUUCCACGCUCCAAACUUUGGUUAUGGCUUCCAAUGGACACGGCGGCCACCACUACAACAACAAGUGCCUCUGCGUCCCACCGGGUUACUACGGCAACAAAGCCGUCUGCCCUUGCUACAACAACUGGAAGACCCAGCAAGGCGGCCCCAAAUGCCCUUAA